AUGGCCCUCAAGCUUAAGCAACGAAAUGGGUCGGCAUCUGCCUCCGCACCCAAGGUGGACACGACUGCAAUCGUGCGGAGUGUCAUUGAUGACAUCCGUGCAACCGGUGACCAAGGUGUGAGAAAGUAUUCAGAGAAGUUUGACAAAUGGAGUCCCGCUAGCUUCAAGCUUUCACAGAAAGACAUCCAGUCGAUCAUCUCCACUGUGCCGCAACAGAUCAUCGAUGAUAUCAAGAAGGUGCAGGAGAAUGUUCGAACAUUUGCACUGGCUCAACGGGCCUGCAUUAAGGAUUUGGAGAUGGAGAUCCGACCUGGCGUGUAUCUGGGCCACAAGAAUGUCCCAAUAAACUCCGUUGGAGCUUAUAUCCCCGGUGGUCGCUAUCCCCUCCUCGCCUCAGCCCAUAUGACUAUCCUCACUGCAAAAUGCGCCGGAGUCCCCCAUGUCACUGCGUGCACGCCUCCAAUCGCUGGAAAGAUACCUGCCAACACAAUUGCUGCAAUGUUCUUCGCAGGCGCGGAUGAUAUUUAUGUCUUGGGGGGCGUCCAGGCCGUCGCAUCGAUGGCCAUCGGAACCGAGACAAUGAAGAAGGUGGAUUUCAUCGCUGGACCCGGGAACGCUUUCGUCGCCGAAGCCAAGCGCCAGCUUUUCGGCGAGGAAAUCGGCAUCGACCUUCCAGCUGGGCCAACCGAGAUCCUGAUCGUCGGUGACGAGCACGCCGAUCCAUUCAUUCUAGCCACCGAUCUCCUCUCUCAAGCCGAGCACGGCCCUGAUUCCCCGGCCGUCCUGAUAACCAACUCCAAGGCAGUCGGCGAGAAGACCAUCGCAGAAGUCGAUCGUCUGCUAAAGAUUCUCCCCACAGCCGACAUCGCAGCUGUGUCCUGGGAUCGUCUCGGCGAGGUCCUUGUUGUAGACAACCUAGAUGAGGCAUACAAGCUCGCAGAUGAGUACGCAUACGAGCACGUCCAAAUCCUCACCCAGACCCCGCGCGAGGCUCUGGGAAAGAUGUCGAACUAUGGAGCAUUGUUCCUGGGUGAGAAGACCUGCGUAUCAUACGGUGAUAAGUGCAUCGGAACCAACCACGUCCUCCCCACUCGAGGUGCCGCCAGGUACACGGGCGGUCUGUGGGUUGGCAAGUACCUGAAAACCGUUACGUACCAAGAAGUCACCUCCGAGCAGGAAAGUGGCGAGCUUGGUCGUCUGUGUGGUCGCUCUGCACGUGCGGAGAACUUCGAAGGUCAUGCUCGCUCUGGUGAUGCCCGUGCUCAUCAGUAUUUGGGGGAUCAAUUUGAUUGGAUCUAG